CUAGUAUUAACAUCAGAAGCUCAGCGAGAAAGUUGGGGAUCAUUCAUGCAUGGUAGCUUCAUAAUCAGCAGACAUCACACCCUUACCCAUUAUUCAAACGAAAUUGUGGUGGCUGUUCGUCAAAUCUGUUUUUGUCACCAAUCUUUCUUCACCGUACCUUUUGUACGUCCUUCAGAACUUCCACAUAAAUAUCCCUCACCAUGGGGAGCAACAUUACCCUGGAGCCAGAGGGCUCUGAGUACGACUACAUUAUUUGUGGUGGCGGUACAUCAGGCUCAGUUCUCGCGGCACGGCUUGCGGAAGACCCAAACAACUCAGUGCUGGUCAUUGAAGCUGGGCAGCAUAAUUCUCUUCUUGAGAAUACUGUCAUGGCUGGCGGAUGGAAGAACAAUUUCGACACAGAAGCGGAUUGGAAUAUUGUCACAGAGCCCAAUCCAGGAGCCAAUGGGAGACAAGUGAAAGCCAGCCGCGGGAAGUUCCUUGGAGGUUCAAGUGGUUGUAAUGGCACAUUGUGCAUCCGAGGGACCAAACAGGAUUAUGAUGAUUGGAAUGUCCCGGGAUGGAGUGGGGAGGAGGUUUUUGGGUACAUGAAGAAGGCGGAGAAUUUUCAUGGAAAGAAAUGGUUUAAAGCCAACGAAGCUGCUCAUGGACAUGAUGGUCUGCUCGACAUUGAGCCUCACGACCUGGCCCCUAUCUCGAACUUGAUUCUCGAAUCCAUGGAAUCUCAAGGUUUAGCUUUUCAAGAUGACAUAUGUACAACAGGAGCCAUUCAUGGUUCUGGUUGCGGUCACGCGCCUCGAACUGUUUACAAAGGAGAUCGAACCACAGCUGCCAAUUACUUACUGAACAAGGGACCAAACUUGGCAAUUAAGACCGAAACGACUGUCGACAAGGUCAUUCUUGAAGGUUCUGGCGACAACCUCAAAGCAACCGCUGUGAAAAUCAUUGAGAAAGACGGAAAGGAGCGAGAAAUCAAGGCCAGAAAAGAAAUUAUCGUUAGCAGUGGGGCAUAUUGCUCACCCACAAUUUUGCUUCGUUCUGGGAUUGGACCUAAGUCGGAGCUUGCAGCUCACGGUAUCGAAUGCAAAGUCGACCUACCUGGAGUAGGCAAGAAUCUUAUGGACCAUCUUAUCGUCUUCAUCUUCUACUCAACCACCAAGCCAAACUUAACAAAUGACUAUCUCCUCUACAAGCCCAACGCCCUUGGUGAAGCUUACCGCCAGUGGAAAGAAGAAAAGCGUGGUCCGCUCUCCACAUUCCCAUUCGGAGCCUUUGGUUUCGCUCGUCUGGAUGACCGUCUCGCCUCUGACCCUGUCUGGAAGAAUGCCUCAAGAAAGGAAGGCCGUGAUCCAAUGGGUCUCACCUCCUCACAACCAAACGUCGAAUUCUUCAGCACGGAAUGCUACGGCGGCCCCAAACAGUACAUUGAUUACCCCGAUGGAGAGAACUCCCACGCUUUUUCUCUCGUCGCAGAGCUCUUUGCUCCAAAAUCUAGAGGAGAAGUUACGUUGAAAUCAGCUGAUCCAAAGGAUAAUCCCGUUGUCAACCAUAACUAUCUGUCCGAGGAAUUAGACGUUGUGGUCCUGAGCGAGGCGUGUAGAUACGCCAAUGAGAUUAUCACCUUGGGAAAGGGAACCAAGGAUAUCGUCGGGGGAAGCUGGCCGAAGACUUUGACGCAUCAUAAGCAUACGAAGAGAGAGGACUGGGCUCCCUUUGUCAGAGAUAAUGCCACGACUUGCUAUCACCCGGGCGGAACCUGCAAAAUGGGGUCAUCAUCAGACCCAUUGUCCGUGCUAGACUCCGAGCUUCGAGUCCGUGGCGUGCAAGGUCUGCGAGUAGCGGAUACUUCUGUGAUGCCGCUGUUGAAUCAAGGCCAUACCCAGAUGCCUGCUUAUGCUAUUGGUGAAAAAGCGGCGGAUUUGAUCAAGGGACAGUUCUUGGAAUUGAAUCCUAAGGGGAAUAUGGUGGCAGAGGUAACGUUGAAGGACGUCAAAGAUUUGGGCAAUGGGAGCUUGAAUGGAAAUGGAACUCUUGUCUUGAAUUAGGAGCGAGAAGAUGGUAGGCUUGCUGGAGUAUUAUGAGAUCGAGGUGAUCGUGGUCUUGUUUGAUCUUUGAGGAUGAAUCAAUGUCCGGUUUCGAGGGUCUCAACUCGCAACACCUGGGACAUUUUCAUUCAAACUGAUGUGAACCGAGCUCUGACAGGCGAAAAGCAACAUGGUGCAAUAUUCAGCUUACACCCUCGAAUGACGUUUGCCAAAAUUGACGGAGAGCUAGUUGAUGCCCGAAAUCGUACAUUAUCUACUUGGUAUC